AUGGCAAUUCAAUUUAUACAACGAUUUCAAUCCAAAAACCUCAAGAAACACAGGCACUUACCCUUGCAUACCAAAAGCAGUGAUUUUUAUGGCGCCAAAUACGUGAUCAUCAAGCUCCCUCACAUGAGGGUCUUGAGGCUUCUCGCACAAUCUUUGCUUUUGGCGUUGAUCUUUGCCACAUUCCCCUUGUUGAGAACACUUUCCGAUGCUUCUAUAUCCUCUGGGUCACCUAUUCUUGAGCCUGAAUCUGAUCCCGAUUUAUUCGAUGCUAAGGUCUUGCCUUUACUUAUCCACGAUUUAGCAAACGAGGGGUUACUUAAAACGGGGGACAAUGCAGUUUUUGUUGGCAGUGGCAAUGGCAAUGGCAUUGGUAAUGCCAUUCAAAUCUCUGAGAUCCUCAAUGUCAAUGAUACGAAGAUCAUCUCUGCUGCUAAUUUGGAUCGACAAAGCUCAAUUCCUGGUGAAGCACUCGACUUUGCCUUCACCUAUGAUGACUUUCAUACGACCUCAGAAUUCAUUGACCGGACUCUCAAAGUUGGUGGCAUUGCGGUUGUUCAACUAAGCAAUGAUCCUUCCUCUGCAUUCGACAAGCCUUUCAAUUACAAAAUAGUUUAUCUCAGGAGAUUUCAGGCCGCUAAUAUUUUGGCCAUGAGGAAAACAGGAUAUGGGGAUACUAAUUUGAUCACUCAAAGGCGGCUUCUAGGAUAUCAUGCCAACGAGGCAAAGAAAGCAGCACUAGAGAACCUGGAAGACGUUCUCCUGGAACCUCCGCGGGCAGCAUCGGGUAAAUCGAGCAGAUACCUGAAAAAGACAAGAUAUCUGCCAGACUUAAUGGGUGAUUCACUUGAAAGUUACCCUCGUCGUGUGUUCAUUGAUGUGGGGUUGCCAGAGAAAGAAGGUGGAAGUGGUAAUGGAUGGUUCGCUAAGAAUUAUCCUACAAGAAAUCUUGAUUUCGAAAUGUACAAGAUUGAGACAGUGACUGAGCAAUCGUCAGGGAAGGAGGUGCCUCAGGUAGAAGAAGUUGGGAUGUCAGAUUGGUUGAAACAUAAUGUGAAGGGGGAAGAGUAUGUGGUGAUGAAGGCAGAGGCGGAAGUGGUGGAGGAGAUGGUGAAAAGCAAGGCAAUAAGGUUAGUGGAUGAGCUUUUCUUGGAGUGCAAGCCACGAAGGAAUGGGAAUGGCAGCAAAAAGACCUACUGGGAAUGCUUAGCAUUGUAUGGAAAGCUAAGGGAUGAGGGUGUUGCAGUGCACCAGUGGUGGGGUUGA